AUGUUCGCCUUGUCAUCCAUAAUAAAAAGACAAGUGGUUGGUCCUACUGUCGGAAGAGCGUUAUUUAAUGCUACACCAAAAUUGACUGUUCCUGCAGUCAACAACUCACCAUUACUGUUGAAUUCAAUCAGAGGCUUCAAGGUAAGAACAUCGGUCAAGAAGUUCUGCAAAGAUUGCUACAUGGUCAGAAGGAAGGGUAGAGUGUAUGUUUACUGCAAGAGUAACGGUAAACAUAAACAAAGACAAGGUUAG